ACUUACGACGAAGAACAUGAACCUACUUAUUAUCGAGAAGAAGCAAACCGAUAUCUUAAAAAAAGAGCUGAAUUAUAUCAAAAAGCUCAACAGUAUCACCAACGAGGUAUGACAGAAGUUGCUCAAUUUUAUUCUGGUUUAGCAAGUAAACAAACCCUUUACUAUGACAGAGCUAAUAAUAUGGCCGCCACAGCAUUUUUGGAUGAGCAUUCAAAGCGUUUGCAAGAUUUUAAUACUAUCGACUUACAUUUUCUCUAUGUGAAAGAAGCAAUACCUGCUCUAGAUGUAUUUUUAGACCGAAAUAUAAACCUGUUGAAACUUAGCAAUAAUAGACACUCGGAUUACUUACAAAUAAUUACUGGUAGAGGAAAAAGGAGUGAAAACGGUAUUUCAAAAAUCAGACCGGCAGUGAUUUCAAGACUUAAACGAAGGAAUAUAAAAUUCGUUCAGCUCAAUCCUGGAUUGCUGAAAGUCAAAAUUACUAAAACUUGUUUAGUUACAAGUGAACUUCAAAAUGUCUAAAGGUGCUGAAGUAUGAAAUUAUUUGAAACAUGACAAACACAAACAAUAAUAAAACAAUCUAAAAGUGUAA